GGACCCCUCAGCCCGCUGCGGGUGACGUGAAGGACCUCCUCCUCCGACACACAGCAGCAGCAAUGGCGGACUACGACAACUACGAUGAGCGGGACCGGGCCUACGGCAGCUUCGGCGGCGGCAGAGGGCCCCGCCCAGGCCCCGGCAGCGGCGGCAGCAGGAAGCCGCAGAAGGAGCUGCCCACAGAGCCUCCGUUCACGGCGUACGUUGGAAACCUGCCGUUCAACACGGUGCAGGGCGACAUCGACAUCAUCUUCAAAGAGCUCAACAUGCGCAGCGUCCGGUUGGUCCGGGACAAAGAGACGGACAAGUUCAAAGGGUUCUGUUAUGUGGAGUUUGAAGAUGUGGAGUCUCUAAAAGAAGCUCUGACCUACGACGGAGCGCUGUUAGAUCAGAGGUCCCUGCGGGUGGACAUUGCAGAGGGGCGAAAGCAGGAGCGAGGAGGAGGAGGAGGAGGAGGCGGCGGCGGCUUCGGCUUCAGGAAAGACGAUGGCAGAGGACGAGGAGGGUUUCCAGGAUCUUCCAGAGGAGGAGGCCGCGAUGAGGACUUCGGCCAGCAAGGAGGAGAGUUGAGCACCUCAGGCGGCGGUCGCAUUGGAGACCGAAGGGGGGGAGGUGGAGGACCGGGAGCCGGAGGACCAGGAGCCGGAGGACCGGGAGCUGGAGGACCGCCUCGCCCCAGAGACGGGGGACCCCCCCGCGGAGGCGGAGCAACGCCGGACUUCAGGGAACCGUCUGAUGAGGAGCGAGCGCAGAGGCCUCGGCUGCAGCUGAAGCCUCGGACCGUCUCAGAGCCGCUGAACCAGGUCGCCAACCCAAACUCUGCCAUCUUUGGUGGAGCCAAGCCCAGAGAGGAGGGGCCCUGAUUGACCCCACAGCGAGGGAGGAGGACAGAGGGAGGAGGACAGAGGGAGGAGGACAGAGGGAGGAGGAGGCAGAGGGACACAACGUGAUGACAAACAGGAUGUAGAAAUGAUUUAGUUUGCUGUUAUUGGUAAUUUUCCUUUGUCUUUUUCUCUCCAUCUGUCUUUGAAUGCAGCACUGAUUCAAUUCAAUCAGCAGCCACAUCCUCCCCCCUCCCUGUCCCCCCUCACCCCCCCCCAACCAGACGGUGGCGCUCUCAUCCCAGUGUCACAGCAGGACAGAAGAAACUAAAGGUCUUUGUGCUGUUUUGUUUGUCAGUGUGCGUCUUGUAGAAGCCGACUGCCACCAAUAAAGUGUUUUGUAAAGAUUGAAGUUUUGAAUGAACUGCAGAAGUCCAAAUUAUUAUUAUUGUUAUUACGAUCAAUGACGUUUUUUUUUUUGUUAAAAGCUGUCAUUCCUGCAUUUCAUCUGUAACUCCUCGUGUUGACCCUGCUGACGUGAACCUGGUCCAGGUGAAUGUUUUCAGGUCUGAGCGGAUCAGGAUUCAAACCUGCGGUCGGUUUCGCUCUGCGUCGCUUCGUUCUCUGGACGUUUGCUUUACUGUACUAUAGAAAUACUACGGGCUGUUUUAACUUUACUUUGUUUUCCUACACUGUUUAUGGCAAUAAAACUCUCAUCAUCGUCAUCA